AAGCACAAAAAUAGACAAGAACAAGACCAAUUACUACACACAAGCUAACAACUUUCACCACUCUAAACAUCCUACAAACAACUUUGCAAACACUUAUACACCUGUAGAAGUAACAACAAUAAUCAAUAGUAUGAACCAACAAUAUAUAUGGAGUAAACAAGUUGAAGUAGAACAAAACUUUCAACUAGAAACUCGAUACAAGCUCAGAGAAACCUCAAACAUCAAAGGCAAGGAAGCA